UACCAAAAUCACCCUCCUUCACACAUUUGGACUAAUCGAUUAGCUGAUCCAGCUCCAGUUAUUAUGAUAAUUGAUUAAUUACGGAAGUUUUUUUUUCCAGUUUCUGAAAUGUGAAGCUUUUCGGUGUCAUACCUGGUAGUAAAUUGAAUAUCUUUGGAUUUUGGGCUGUUGAUUGGACAAAACAAGACAUCUGAAAAUGUCAUCUUUGGCUUGAUUAAUCAAGGAAAUACUCGGAAGAUUAUACAAUAAUGGAACUAACUGACUAAGUUAACUGCAGCCCAACAUUUCUGUUAGCCCUCAAAUACAGUACUGUGCAAAAUUCUAGCAGGACAACCAUCCCAAACAUACGGCCGGAGUCAAAAGAGUCAGUCUGGGGCUACAUGAAGAGACAGAAGAUACUGAGAGAGACUAAACCCACAGAGGAACUGUGGCAAGUUCUCCAAGAUACUUGGAACAACCUGUCUGCCAAGUAGCUUGAAAAAGUUUGUCCAGGUGUACCGUGGAGAACUGCUCCUGCAAAGUGCUGGGAAUGCAGCCACCGCUCCCAGCUGAGGCAGUCAGAGAGCUGGUGUGCUCCUGCCUGCACAGAGACCCAGUGGCAGCAGACCUCCGCUGCAGCCUGUUUGUUGCUGCUGCACAGAACUACAAGAGGGACUCUUUGCUCAGACCCUUCCCUCCUAGAUACAUAAGUGGUGACAAUAAGGACUUUGAGGAGCUGUUGGCUGAUGUGAACUCUUUGCCUGGUGUGAGAGAGUUGGUGAGACUGCGACCUGGAGAGGGAGAUCAUCAUCUGGCUCUCACACACUGGGUUCUCUCUUCAAACAGCUUUGCUGUGAAGACGCUACAGAAAGAUGAGUAUCCCAAACUUUGUAAAUUGACGGAAAAUGAGGGGAUUUCUGCGCCCGUGCCGGACUUCCUCUUUGAGCUGGAGUACUGUGAUCAGAUGAACGCCAGGUUUGAGAAGACAAGGGCAGGACGAGACGUCUUCUACGCAUUCCACGGGAGCCGCCUGGAGAACUUUCACUCAAUCAUUCACAACGGGCUGCACUGUCACCUAAACAAGAACUCAGUGUUUGGAGAGGGGACCUACCUCACCAGUGACCUCAGCAUGGCUGUCCUCUACAGUCCCCACAGCAGCGGCUGGAGAGAAAGUCUCCUGGGUCCGCUGCUGAGCUGUGUUGCCUUGUGUGAGGUCAUUGAUCAUCCAGAUGUUAAGUGCCAGGUCAAGAAAAAAGAUUCUGAAACCGUUGACCGUCAGCGCUCAAGGGCAAAGAACAGUGAAGGAGGGGAUGUACCGCAGAAGUACUUUAUAGUCACCAACAAUCAGCUUUUGCGAGUCAAGUACCUGCUUGUUUACUCUCAGAAGAGGUACCUGUCCAGACGUUCCCGCAGCACCUCCUGGUUCCUCCGACACCAUUUUGCCGUCAUGAUGAGUCUCUACCUUCUGCUGCUCAUUCUCAUCGGUGCCUUUAACUCCACCACCUUCGUAUCCUUUUGGAACAGACUAUUCAGGUGACGAGACAACAGGACGGACGGAUGUUCAUUUUCCACUGUGCCUUCCUGAUCAGAGACUGACUGGAGGCCUGAGCAAAGAUGCACCUUUAUACUGUUUUCUCUUUACAAUCAUUUUCUUUAUUUAUAUAAGUAGUUCUAAUGACUUUUAGUCCAAGAUAACAUAUCUUUUCAAAUAGGGGCUAUCUCCGUAGCUGCUAUUGUGUAUUAAGAGCAUUCUUCAUUCUUAAUUUUAAGAAUUGUAUUGCAAUGUUUCAUCUGUAAUUUGUAUUGAUUAGUAAAAAUUCACUUUUGUAGAUACGCUCUGUUGCCGUGUGGUUGUGGUCCUCUGGGGACAGUUUUAUUAACCAAAGAUGGGGAAAGAAAAAACGCCUGACUUGUUAAUAGCGCCGAUGCUGGACUAGGCAGUAACAUCAUUGUUCCACUUUAAACGCUUAAUUUUAUGGCUUGACUUUGAUUUACUCCAGAACGGGCCAUUUGUAGCUCCUGACUUAAGUGUAACUCUAAGGUAUUGAACACACCGGUUAGUUUUGACGAAGGAAAAACAUAGGGUCGCCAUUUUGGUUAUGCUAACAUUUAUAAAAAUAUGGAUCACAGAAAGGCCACUGAUCACCUUAUUUGUAGUCAUUUCAGAUAUGCUUUUUUUUAUCUUUAAAGCAGUAAAGGAUUUAAGCUGUAUAUCCUGUUAAAGACAUCAGUUCUUGAGAUUUACUACAAUGUUUGACACUAAUAAAAUGAUACUUUUAAUUGAA